AUGGACAUCUUCAACUCGGAUUUCUACGCGGGUUUGGACUUGCAAGCAGCGCAAGACUACUCCCGUGCGUCGGAGCCCACCGUGCCUGACACUCUUGGCUUGCGAGAUGUCAUGUUGGAGGGGCCCCUCAACAUGCCAAUAGACCCCGCGCUCUCUGAUCCCACGGCCAUCGACUACAGUGGCAUCGUGAGUGAUCUGUUCGACGACAUGGAAGCCUCUUUGACGGCUGCAACGAGGACACACGCCCGGUGCCCGGAUCGCGGCACGCGCCAGUGUCGUUUCAACGACUGCCCGGCGCCGUCGCGCUCUAUCCUCAAGGGGUGGUGGCGCGUCGCGUUCGACGAGCACCCGGAGGCGACGGGCAGCGAGCUCGAUCCGUUCCACUGCGCGGGGUUCAUGCAUCUCUUCUGCUUCGAAAAAUGCUUUGACCUCGUGGAGAUGAUGAACGCCUUCGAUGUACGCCCGGACACGCGCCAGUUUGAGCGGGAGCAGAAGAACUUCAUGGCGCUGACGCGCGACCACGUCGAGAUACUCGCCGACCUCGGCCGCUGGCGUGUGGAGCAGGAACACAAGUGGCAGAAGUGGCAAGAUAAGCUGGCCGCCAGCGGAGAGAGCGGGCUGUCGAGGCCGGUGCAUCCCCAGGACCACCUGUGCACGCAGAGAAGAAGACCAAGGCCACCGCAGUGCGGGGAGGCUAAGGCGGCACUUGCGGAAAAGAUGAUGCGGGAGCGUACACACACAUCAUCCAAGCGCAAGCGCGCUGUCGAUGACGAUGGUGAUGACGACGAGGACGCCAGCAAUGCGGACGAUGCCGACGCUGAUAGUGAUGAAAGCUACGACAGAAAGCCUACCGGUACCCAAAAUGUCAAGGCGGCACUUGCGAAAAAGAUGCUUCGUGAGCGCACGCGCACAUCAUCCAAGCGCAAGCGCGACGACGAUGACGAUGAAGGAGGCAUCGAUGCUGACGACGCUGACGCCGAUGUCAACCCAGACUACGACGGAAAGGUCACCAGCAUCCAGAAGGCCAAGCCUCGUGCGGUCAAGCGUCCGGUCAAAGCGCAUCCGAAUAUCGGAUGCACAGUACGGUGCUGCCAGCCCCAGUCAGGCAUCGCCAGGCACCCGUCGAAGCCCGCGGGUGCGAUCAGGUAG